GGUUAAAGCAUAUACAAAUCAAAAAAUAGAUAAUAUUCUUAAAAUAUAUGGAAUAUCCCAAAAUCCAAAUACAAAAGAAUAUAUCAUGGUUCUUGAAUAUGCAGAAGGUGGAAAUUUCAAUAGUUAUUUAAAGCUAUAUUGUAAAGAUUUUAAUUGGUCUAAUAGAUUAGAAAUAUUAACUAAUAUUAUUGAAGGUCUUAAUAAAAUUCAUCAAAAACAAAUGGUUCACCGUGAUUUUCAUACUGGGAAUAUAUUAUUUACAAAAUUGAAAAAAUAUGGUGAUUAUAUGGCAUGUAUUUCUGAUAUGGGAUUAUGUAAAAAAGUUAAUGAUAUUAAUGAAACAAAUAUUUAUGGAGUUAUGCCUUAUGUAGCUCCUGAAGUGUUAAAAGGAAAUCCUUAUACUCCAGCAGCAGAUAUAUACAGCUUUGGUAUGAUUAUGUAUGUCAUAGCAACUGGAAAACAACCUUUUUCUAAUUGUGCUCAUGAUGAGGUUCUAGCAUUAAAUAUAUGCAAUGGAAUUAGACCUGAAAUUAAUGAUCAAAUUGCACCAAAAUGUUAUACUAACCUAAUGAAAAAAUGUUGGGAUUCAAAUCCAGAUAAUAGACCAAAUUCAGUUGAAAUAAAGAAAUUGAUUAGAUCAUUUAGAAGUUCUCAAUUUGACGAGACAAGAGAAUAUAGAAAUGAAAUGUUUGAGUUAAUAAAAAAUAAUCAAUUAACUACUCAUGCACAAGCUAUUUAUACAUCUCGAUUACUUAAUCCUUUUACAAAAAAUCUUCCAAAAUAUAAUGAUAAUAUUAAUAAUAAUACAGUAGAAAUUACUGAUUUUACAAACUUAUAAGUUAUACCAUUCUUUGUAAAAAAAAUGAUGGUUUAAAAUUUAAGUAAAAGAAUGUAUUAAACUUCAAAUAAAUAACAUAAAUAUGAAUAGCAGAAAUUAUUUGACUAAAUUUGUGGCAUAUCCUUUCAGUUAAUAUUUACUUUUCGGAAAAUUUAUUAUACUACAUAAAAUUAUUUAUCAUUAGAUAGUAGUUUUAUAUUUACUAGUUUUUGUUUAACACUGAUUAUAGAGUAAUUUGUAAAACUUUUUUACAUAAUACAAAUCAGUUUGUAAUUAAACAAAAUUUUACUUUU